AUGAGUUCCCUCUCCUCCUUCCUCUCCUCUCUGUCUUCUCUCCCCCACACCGUCAGAGACACUGAGGUCCCCCCUCUCUUCCGUGAGCCCUACAUCCUGUCUGGCUACCGGCUCGUGGGCCAUUCCUGGAGCUUCUACUUCCUCAGCCUCUUCCAGAUACACAAUGAGACACUCAACGUGUGGAGCCACUUGCUGGCCGGAGUCUGCGUUGCGCUGAGGUUCUCUGUGUUUGCUGGUCUUGUGGGCCUGACCCUGAAUGGACCAGACGGGCUGGGUCUUUACCUGGACCUGGCCUGUCUACCCCUGGUCUACUACGUCCUGUCUGUUCUGACCUACUUGUGCUGCAGCGCUGCAGCCCACCUGCUCCAGUCCCACUCCGAGCUGGCCCACUACUCCCUGUUCUUCCUGGACUAUGUGGGAGUGGCUGUGUACCAGUAUGGCUGUGCCCUGGCUCUAUACUUCUACAGCUCUGAUCCCACAUGGCGACGCAGUCGAGUAGGAGAGGUGUUCCUCCCUGCAGCAGCUCUCCUGGCUUGGUUGUCCUGUGCCUGCUGCUGCUUUGCCAAACUCAGUUACCGCCAUCCGUACCCACUCCGUCGUAAGCUGUGCCAGGUCGUGCCAACCGGUCUGGCGUACCUGCUAGACAUCAGUCCCGUGGCACAUAGACUGGUCAGCAGGACCUGGGGAGACGACCCUGCUAUGACCCUACACGCAAUACAGGUGUUGCUGUUUCUCCUGGCAGCGUUCUUCUUCUCCUGUCCCAUGCCUGAGCGUUUCUUUCCUGGGCGGUAUGACAUCAUCGGCCACGGGCACCAGCUCUUCCACUUCCUCCUCUCCCUCUGCACACUGACCCAACAGGAAGCUGUGUUUGAGGACUUCCUGUCCCGGCGGGCGUCCCUGAUGAGGGAGUAUGGGGAGUGCUGCCUCCUGGUGGCAGCCGUGUCAUUUCCUGUCCUGGUGUUCUGUAGCGUGCUGACAGCUGUGGUCAUGAGGAGACGGGUGGAGAGGAGGCUGAGAUAA